AUGCACAUCUCAUUUCUCCUCCUCGGGCUCCUCCCCCUAACCCUCGCAACCCACCUCCGCAUCUCCAUCCCCACCACCCCCUCCCUCGCCAACCCCUCCCUCCUCCCCCCAAGCACCCACGCCUCGCUCACCACCCUCUUGCACACCUACACCGCACCGUUACGCAUCGACAACACGUUCGAUUUCCGCAACGUAAGCACCGGCAGCUACCUCCUCGACAUCCACGCGCACACGCAUGUAUUCGCGCCUUUGCGCGUGGACGUACGCGAUGCCGGCGAGGGGGUAGGCGGAGGGGAGAUUGUAGAGGUAUGGGGCACGUUUCGGGGGAACGAGUGGGAUAAUAAGGGGCCGGUUGUGGAGGUGCAGGUGCUUGAGGGGGGAGUAAGGUGGUUUGGGGUUAGGUGUGUGGGGGGGAAGGAGUAUUUGCUUGAGAGGAGUGGGUUCUCCCCAUUAAGUCUUUUCAAGAACCCAAUGAUCCUCAUCGCAGGAGCAAGUAUGCUUCUCGUGUUCGGCAUGCCAUAUUUGAUGGAUAACAUGGACCCCGAACUCCGCGCCGAAUUCGAAGAACGACAAAAGUCCUCUCCGCUCUCUGGAAACCAGGCAGCGAAUCCGCUUCAGAACUUUGAUGCUGCGGCGUGGUUGGCUGGUAGCUCGGGCAGUGGAACGAGUACGCCGAAGAAAAAUGCUAUUACGGAGAAGGGAGUUACGAGGUAG